AUGGAAACUCCUAAUCCUCUCACCUUGUCGGAACUCCCUCAUGAUUUGCUGAGAAAUAUUUUCAACCGAUUGAGCUUUGCAGAUUUCCAUCGUGCUACUUGGAAUUCGAUUUCGAAACAAACGGCUCCCCCAAAAACAAAAUCUCCAUGGCUAAUUCUGUUUCCAGAUGAAGGAGUUCAUGGUUGCGUGCUGUACAAUCCAGACGAAGAUAGGAUUUACAAAUCGGUGAGAGACUUCUCUGGGACUAUAUUCCUUGCAAACUCGGGUAAUUGGUUUCUUGUAAUGGAUUCUAAAUCCAAUCUCUAUAUAAUAGAUGUGUUUAGCGAGAAUAGGAUCGAUCUUCCGCCUCUAGAGUCUCUCCUGUCAGAUAACUUUACUUUCGAGCAAAAAGGGGAUAAGGAAUUGAAAUGGCAAGCAUCUAAUGAUCAGAUUCUAGUUUUUAGAUUACCAAGAGCUGAAGAGUUAAGAGGUAUUUUGUGGGUAGACGAGAAAAUGAAAGAGUUUGUUGCAGUUUGGUUCUUGGAAGACUCUUGCAACUUUUUAGCCUUUUACAAGAAAGCUGAUGAUCAUUACAGUCACAUUCAACUAGAAUAUGUCAUCACCGAUGUGUUUCAAAGCGUAUCUGAUAUUGUACUCCAUGGUUGCUUUCUUUACAUCGGUGUUGGUGAUUACAUUCAAAUCAUCGAUUUGUCUAAAGACCAAGGUUUCAAGGAUGUUACUCGAAAUUAUCUAUUCAACGUGCAUAAUGGACCAUGGGGUUUUCGAAGUAUUUUUAACCUUGUGGUUACAACAUCAGGAGAGGUUUUGAUGGUUCUAAACAAUCUUUACGAGAAAAAUAUUGAAAGCGAGAAGAGCUUCCGCAUCUUCAAGAAGGAUCCUAAUCCAGACCCAAAUAAACACGACAACUUGCUUGUUGAGGUAGAUUCUCUAGGUAAUGAAGAGGUUAUGCUUCUUGACUUGGGUAUCACUAUGCAUGGUAUCGAACCAAACUCCAUAUAUUUUACUCGUCAUGACCGAGUCGUUCACAGAUUAUAUAUAAGUUGA